UUUUUAAUGAAAAUAGCAGAUGUUGAACAGUGCGCUUUUAAUUCAUGGUAUCACACUUUUGAAUCUUACACUCAAGAAAGUAUAUUUAUAAAUCUCCCAGAUGACCUUAUAGCUUCAUUGACAAAUGACGAAUUCAUUCUCCCUAAAAGUGCAAAACCAACAAACGGACAUCUGUCGGACCUAGACAACGACGGCAUUUGGUCAGACUAUUCCGAUACUGAUGAAAAGAACUCAGAGAGACCAGAAUUUCCUCAGUUCGAAUCUCAGUUGAAAAGUAUCAUCCGGAAGUUAGGUGGUGUUGUAUUUCCGAAGUUAAAUUGGAGCGCCCCAUCUGAUGCAUCUUGGAUGUCUUUCGAUGGGUCACUGAAGUGCAAAACGUUUUCCGAUAUUUACUUACUCCUUAAAUCUUCAGAUUUCGCAGCACAUGACUUGACUGCUCCUUUCGCUCUGUGUACAGAUACUCCAGCAGAGAAAAAUUGCUGUCUUUUCAAUUCCAAACCGAUUCUUGUUCUACGAAGGUGGUAUGACUUUCGUCCUGAGGAAGAAUUUCGAUGUUUCAUUAAAUCAAAAGUCCUUAUUGCAAUUUCCCAACGAAAAUGUGAUGCCUAUUUCAAAAUAAUUGAAGAACAGAUAGAAAACAUCAAAUACGACCUUGUGGAAUUCUUUAAUCGAAAAAUAAGAAAUCAUUUCAAAUCAGAAAACUAUACAGUUGACUUAUACAGAGAAUCAUCGGACGAUGGUAAAAUGCGUAUUCAAAUAAUUGAUUUCAAUGUAUUUGGUCCACCAACUGAAGCACUUUUAUUUCAGUGGUCGGAAUUGGAAAAUGAUGUACAUGAAAAUGAUACUAUUCCGUUAUUUCGCUACCAAAGUGACCAAAAUAUCCGUCCAAAUUCAGUGAAUCAAUACAGCGUGCCAAUCGAUUUGAUCGAUAUUGCUUCAGGAUCUGAUCCCGUUAAGGUGAUGGACUUCAUUCAAGCUAAAGUAGAAAGUCAGAAACAGUCGUGAAAUUGUAUUUUCUAUGUAUCUGUUAUUUUUCAAUAUUUCGAAUAAAAAAAUACAUUUUUCUUAGAUCAAGCUGGUAAUUAUUUUUUUUUCUUCGAAGUUUUUGAAACCUUAGUAGGCUUUUUCCUAGCUGGCGACUGUUGCUUUGAACUAUAUUUCUGUGCAAUCUUAUCCAGAAAGUUUUCUGAUGAUUUUAAUGCAUUUUCAUGUCGUGCUUGAAUUGCCUUAGCUAAUGUAUCCAAAUCUUCGUUAACAUCAACUAUCUGUUUUUUGUUUUUAUUGUUCUGUUCCUUUGCAAACAACUUUUCUUCCUCUAGUGCUCGUUUAGCUCUUCUCUUUGCUUUCUCAGGUCUUUCAUGUGUGUACUUCGUAUAUGCAUCAAUUUUACCACUAGAUAUCAAUUUAUCAAUAAGACCGCGAACUCGACUUUCAUCUCGAUAUGACGUGAGCAUUAAAGACUCCAUUAUAAUAUCCAUAUCACCUUUAGAACGAUUGUAGAUCUUGAUCAAAUCUUCCGUUUCCUGUUCACUUCCUUUAUACUUUUUACAAUAGUCAUCUAUUUGUGCAGUUGUGAUUUUAGGAAACAAAAGUUGCCAGUAUUUAACCCAAUCAUCAUAUGAUUUGCCUGUGAUCUCAUCGUCUUCAUCGAUAACACCUAAAAAUUAAGAUUAUUCUAUUUUUAUAAAUCGAGAACCAACCUGUCUCAUCAUAGACUUUACGUUUCUCGUCAUCUUCCAUGUACGAAUAGACUCUAGACAGUACUUGGAAACGUUUUGUCGCCUCUGACUUUGAGUCACUGUCAUGGCGAUCAGGAUGAUGAAGUAAAGACAAUUUAUAGAAGGCUUUACGAACUAUAAAAAGAUGACAUAUUUCAUAUUGUAUAUUUACGUUCAGUUUUGUCACACUUCUUAGUCACUCCUAAGACUUCAUAUAAGUUCUUCGUGUGAAAGUAUUUAAGGCAAUCUUUUAGCAAACUUGACAUUAUAUGACCUCAAAAGUCUAAAAAAAAUAUUAAACGCUAGAGCGCACAACCUUAAGCGAAAAUACAUACGGCUGUAUAUAGAAAUCAAAAUAUAUUUCAGAGAGUUUCCUGAUUAAGAAAUCCUAACAUUUGACUCUUGUUUCCCCGUACUCUUGUCUAGCAAGCAGUCUCAGGAGGUAUCAGUAAAUAGAAAAGUUGUCAAACAUUUGCUUGAAAUUUCUAUAUCAUCAACCACCAUAAAUAUAGAACGUCGCAUAAUAUGAAUCCACCCCAAAAUCAUACUUUUAUUCCAUUCAUCACCAACCUCUUAGUUUUUUUACACUGAAGUUUUGAAUCCCCUUUGUGCCUUAAAUGUCAUAUAUGACACGAUUUAGAGUGACGAAAUGCGGAAUCUAUUAUUCAAUCAACCAUACUUUGAAUUUCUAUAAUAACAAUAACAAGUUAAUAAAUACAUGAAUUCAGAAGUAAAGUACUGACUCCUAGAUGGUCAUUGUUAUUCGGGUGACUAUAACAAUAACAAUUCAUGACAGAGAACAUUUUCUUAUGAAAAAUGUCUACUCAAGAACUCAUCAAAUGAAGGGUGUUAUAUAUUUUAAGUUUGGGUUGACUGUCAGCCAAAUAUACUACGCAAAACCGCGCAUCGAACCAAGUAAUUGCACAGGUGAUUGACCGAAAAUAUAUUAGCUGUUGUUUAGUAAUCCUACUAUUCGAAAUGGCUGUUAGUUGAUAAGCUUGAUAAUAGCGCAUAGACGCUAUCUGAUAACAAAUGGGUGGGGCGAUAUGAACUCUUAUAGGACGCCGCGUUUGGUUGAUGAUGAAAUACUACGUUAACACACCACAUCCAAAUAUUAUCAUACCGCUCAAUUUAUGAAGAUAUAAGCACUCUUUACACUCAACUAUCGCUGAUAUAUUCUAUCCUUCAGUCGUUCGCUGUGAAUUCUUCAGUGACCGGGAGCAGCGCAGCAAGCACAAUUGAACAGUCACAAAAGGAGGACUCGGAGUGACAGGAGGCAAGGGUUUGUAUUCCAAAAUGGAAUAAGAGAGUACAACUAGAGACCAUCUUUAUAAGUUAUGGGUUUUAUGUAUUAUCGUAUUUUCAGGACUUUCUUCCUUUCCAAUAUAUUCACUCUGUCUCUCUGUAAUAGAAAAUUUUUGCGUCAAUAUCAUAAGUACAAUGGUCUCGAAAUAAUUAUAACUAGCCAUCUGUUAAAGAGUUGAAAAUCUAAGUAAUGCAAGACAAGGUAUUAUGUUCAAUACCUUGACUAGAUAAUAUAAACCAACUCAAACUUUGCUCGGCAGAAUAAGCGAACUAUCUGUUUAUUGAUGUGUCUGAGUGGUAAAAGAGCGUUUUUGACGAAAGGUGCAGUUCUGCACCGCACAUAUUGCAGAUUCACUUAUUAAUGUUAGGUAGUAGUUCGGGUUCUUUGAUUGAAUUGGUGUUUAUGUAGCGACUCGGAUUAUAUAUUCCUAGUGAUAAGUAACAUGUGGUUUGAUUUCCUCUGUUUUUAUUCAGUUUGAUAAAGACAAAGCAAUGGAUGAGUUAUGUAAGUCCUGGUGAUGGGGUCUCUUACCGAAUCUAAAUUUCUUCUAAAUGAGCCUACGUGUGGAACCUUACAGUGUGGUUCUACGGAGUUCCACCGUUUGAUGUUUCUAUAGAAAAGUUGAUAGUCACCCCAUAAGUACUAGUUUCUGGGCUUGUGAAUCUCCACGUAGUGUCCUUCUAGAUUCUCUGUUCUGAAGGACAUGAGUUAUGAUGGCAUUUUAAGUGAAGAAUUAUAACUAACCAAUUUGAACACCGUGAUCAAGUCACUACUAGAUUUUACCUAUAGCAAGGAUAAUUAGUUUAGUCGGUCGGUCGCUCGCGUAGUGAACUCCAACGGAAGCUUAAACAAGAUAUAAU